CGGGAGGACGAGAGCGAGGACGAGAGUGAGAUCCUGGAAGAGAGUCCGUGUGGCCGCUGGCAGAAGCGCCGGGAGCAGGUCAACCAGGGCAAUAUGCCAGGGAUCCAGAGUACUUUCCUAGCCAUGGACACAGAGGAAGGUGUGGAGGUUGUGUGGAAUGAGCUGCACUUCACAGACAGGAAGGCCUUCAAGGCCCAUGAGGAGAAGAUCCAGACCAUGUUUGAACAGCUGGUACUUGUGGACCAUCCCAACAUUGUCAAGCUGCACAAGUAUUGGCUGGAUACACCAGAAUCCAAGGCCCGGGUGAUCUUCAUCACGGAGUAUGUCUCCUCAGGCAGUCUCAAGCAGUUUUUGAAGAAGACAAAAAAAAACCACAAGGCCAUGAAUGCCCGGGCCUGGAAACGCUGGUGUACACAGAUUUUAUCUGCUCUCAG